AUGUAUUAUGUGGAUAGUUUCAAAUAUCCAGAUAUUUCCUCUUGCGGUGUUGAACCUGCAUUACAAGAUAUAUAUGAUGAUUCAGAAAAAAUUUGGGAACGCAUUUUUGAAGGAAACUUUAUCGAUAAUAUUGAUGAAUUAAGAACUAAUGGCAGUAUUAAUAAGAUUGUAUCCGCAUAUAUCAAAAAUAUUCAGCCAUGCAGUUACAUUUUUUCAAAAACAAAAGAGAAAUAUUUGAAAGAUAAAUUCCAAUCAACGGAAGAAUACAAAAAUAUCUAUCUCAAAGCAUUAGAUAUGAUUGAUAACGAUAUGUUUGAAGAAUUUAAGGGCUUAUUUAAUGAAAAUAAUAAAGUUUUGGAAUAUGGUAAUGAUAACUAUUAUCCAUUAAUUGAUUGUGCUGCAAUCAAAGGAAAUGAAGAAAUUUUUAGAUUUCUGAAACUCAAUGGUUUCCAAAUUACAGAACAAACAUGCAAACUUGCUAUUAUAACAGGAAACAUCGAAAUUGUAGAGAUAUUAUAUGAACUCGGCUAUGAAUUUGUUGAUCAUUUUCAAACUGCUAUUCAAUAUCAUCAAAAUGAAAUGGCAGAUUGGAUUUUAAUGAACUAUCCAUUAAUUUCCAUCAAUCCUUUUGUAUGUGCUGAAAGCUUAAAUAUUAAAGCUUUAUCUUUCUGUUUCAAAAAUGAAAUCUCAGGUUCUAUAGAUGUAAUAACUCAGCUGAAAUAUUACCAGGCAUUUCCCGAUAUCAAGUUCUAUUGUUUAAAUACGGAUCCACGUCAUUUUUUGGAUAAACUUGACCUUGAUAACGAAUUAAUUGUUGAUUUAUUAAUUGAAAACAAGUAUCAAAUAGGGGAUUAUCUAGCUUGUUAUAUUUUUAAAACUAAUUCAAUUAAAAUAUUUGAAAGAUUCUAUUGCAAUCAAUUGUUAAUAGAAAUUAAACCAGGUGAGUUAGUUAAUUACUCAAUUCAAUAUAAAUCGUUCAAAAUUUUGGAAUUUUUGUUAUUACAUGGAGAAAAACUUGACAUCUCUCGAAACAAAUCAUAUUUGGAUUCCAUACCAAUCAAUCUUCUUAGAUUGGCAUUUUCAAAAUAUUCGCAAACAGAAUUAAAUCAAGCAAUGUUUUAUUGCAACACAGUUCAACAAAUUGAAAUUCUGAUUGAGUUAGGUUCAAAUAUAAAUGCCGUUGGUAUGGCUCAUUACGAAUAUCUUAAUUACAUAACAUCAUAUUCUGAACCAUAUGAAGAAUCUAUUUUAAUGAGUGCUGUUAAAAGGAGAAAAUUAGAUUUAAUUAAAUAUAUAAUCGAACACGGAGCAAAGAUUAAUCUUGAAAUUCAAAAUCCAAAACCAUUAAUUAUUUAUGUCAUUGAAACUUGCGAUUUGGAAAUUAUUCAAUAUUUGAUUGAUCAUGGCAUCAAUGUUAAUGGAGAAGACAAAAAUGGCAAAAAAUCAAUUGAUUAUGUAUUGGCUACUAGAUCAGUAGAUAUCAUGCAGUUAAUGUUAAAGCAUGGAAUGGAGAUCAUCAAAUCUGAUUAUGAUGCAAUAAUGGAGACAUGUUUCAGUUCACAAAUAUUGAGAUCAGUUAUUGAAAAACAUGUUGGAUUCGCUGAUUUCUAUGGCAAUUAUUUAAUUAAGUCAUUUAGAACUCGCCAUGAUAAUUACAAUGAUCAUCUGCUUUUAUGUUGUGUUAAUGAUCUAAGUCAGAUCAAAAAUUUCUUAAAGUACAUAAUUAGCAUUAUAAUAAGGAGUAAUGAUUCUAAUUUAUUGGAUUUAUUAAUUGAGAAAGGUCUUUUCAAGUACAAUAGUCCCGAAAAAAUAUUUGUUCAAUUAGCUCAGCAUAGAAAAAAUGAAGAAUUUUUCAGGCAUUACUUCCAACUGAUUAAUGAAAGAAAUAUGAUUUUACAUUUCAGAAAAACGUCUCCCUUAAUAAUUGCAUGCAAAUAUAGAGCAAUUUCAAUAAUACCAUUUCUUAUUGAUAAUAAACUAUAUAGGGAAAAGGAUUUAUCAGAAGCUAUUUAUUAUUUGACCAGAUUUAAAUGGAAGAAUGAUAAUCCAGAUAUUUUACAAGUCCUAAAUCAGAUUGUUUCAAAAGUGCAGCCCAUUGUAAUCCAUCAAAUGGCACAACAAAUUCUAGAAAAUGAAGUCGAAGCAAUAUCAAUUCCUGCGGCUGAAUAUCUUUUCAAUAUUGGCUCUCCGAUUGUUUUUGAAAGUAAUGACAUUAUUGGGAAGUGGUUACUCAAAUCUAUUAAGGAGAAAUCAAAAGAAAUUUUAAAUUAUUUAUUAGAUGCCACUCCAGAAAUUCCGCUUUCUAUUAUAUUGUCCAGCAUCAAAGAAAAUAUUUCGUCAUUUAUUGAAAUAUUGUUCAAUGAUGAAAAAAAUUCCGAUGCUUUAUUUUGA